UUGUUGGCAGUUCAGGCUUUUGGCAGGAGACCAGAGAGACUCUAAGCACCGCAGAGGUAGCGGACAGCCACGCCGGCGGUCUGUUAACCAGGCUAGUUAGACGGUGUUUUAGACCUCCCCACCUAGUCAAUCUCCCACCGUGAAAAACGUACCGGGGAGCCUAGCUGAGGCGGGCGGAAAAGAGCUUCAGCGGCCCCGUAGAAAAUCCGCCCCAACCGCGAUAGACUGGAUACCACAGGCUUUUGGUUGGAGACCGGACAGACUCUUAGCACCGCAGAGAGGCAUAACGAAGAGCCACGCCGGUCUGUUUACCAGGCUAGCGCACCUGUCAGAGCUAGCCUGGUCACCAUUCUCUACGUACAUACGAACAGGCUUUAGAGUGUUAAAUUUCGGCCCCAGUUUGUAGACACUGGCCAGGGAUUUGGCAGGAGAUUGGAGAGACUGUUAGCACCGCAGAGGUAACGGAGAGCCACGCCGACCUGUUAACCAGGCCAGCCCACCUGUGAGGCUAGCCACACCGUCUGGUGAACCUACCUCCCCCCUCCCAUGGCGACGACCACGGCGGCGGACCUGUUGGACCAGGCGGCGGGUGGAGGCGCACCCACCGCCGAGACGGACGGAGACGCCUUCGCCUCCAAGCUAACGAGGGAAGCCGACAUCAUCAUCGGCGUGUAUCUCAUACUCAUAGGUACGGGGUCCACGCUGGGUAACGGGCGGGUGCUGUGGCUGUCCUACCGGAACUGGAAGAAGCUGCGGCCGGUGGAGCUGCUGGUGGCGAGCCUGGCGGUUACCGAUGUCGGCAUCUCGCUGUUCGGCUACCCGUUCGCCGCCACCUCCAGUCUGCUGGGCCGCUGGUCAUUCGGCACCGCAGGGUGCACCUGGUACGGCUUCACAGGGUUUUUCUUCGGCAUCACCAGUAUCGCCACCAUGGCGCUCAUGAGCCUUCUGCGCUUCAUGAUUGUCUACAAGGGAUAUCCGGGUUCGUACCCGUCCCGUCGGAAAACCGGCAUCAUUGUCGCCGCGGGCUGGCUGUACGGGCUGUUCUGGGCAUGUCUACCGCUGGCAGGCUGGAGCCAGUACCACGUGGAGCCGUUCGGCCUGUCCUGCACGGUGGACUGGGGCAGCUUCAGCCGGGACGCCAACGGGAUGUCCUUCAUCCUCUGCAUGAUCAUCUUCUGCACGGCCGUCCCUGUCGCCGCCAUGGUGGCGUCCUACGCCGCCAUCUUCUACAUCUACAGGAGGGCCAAGAAGGGCGUGGACAGACAUCUGAAGAACAACGCCGUCAUGAGCCAGAAACGGAGAGAGGUGGAGAGAUCGAUCACGCUGAUGGCGCUGGCUGUGUGUGGCGGAUUCCUGUUCGCCUGGAUGCCCUAUGCUGUGGUCGGGAUGUGGUCAGCCGUCGCUGGGGCAGAUGCAGUACCAAUCGCUCUCGCUAGUGCGGCGCCCCUGUUCGCCAAGAGCAGCAGUCUGUGGAACCCGAUCAUCUACUUGGGAAUGAGCGAUCGCUUCAGGUUGAACAUGUGUGGCUGCUUCGUCACGCCGACUCAGUCCCAGACGGCGGUGCACGCGCAUCCGCAGCAGCCCGGAGCCCCCCUCCCCCUCAGUCCCCGGGGCCCGCUGGUGAGUAACCUCCCCACGGCGGUGGGACCUCUGCCGGGCGGACUCCAGGCAACCAACAUCCAGUAGACGUCACGAAACAUCCGGGUUCUACCCCCGAAAGGUCAUAGAACAUCGGGGUUCUAUUCCGGAAAGGUCAUAGAACAUUUGGGUUCUAACCCCGGAAGGUCAUAGAACAUUAGAGUCCUACCCUAUAAAGGUCAUGGAACAUUCGGGUUCUAUUUCGAAAGGUCUUGGAACAUCCGGGUUCUA